AUGAUCGAAGACUGCCCCUCCAUCCGCCACCCCCUGGUCGACGCUCCCUGCCCGGUUUUGCAAUACGCCGACGACACCUUGAUCCUAGUUCGGGCUGCCAGUGAGGAUGUCAUCGCCCUCAAGCGCAUCCUGGACGUGUUCUCGGCGGCCACUGGUAUAAAGAUCAACUUCCACAAAAGCACCGUCGUCCCGAUGCAUGUCCCUGAAUCGAAGCUCCGUCGUCUGCUCAAGGCACUCCAAUGUCAACGGGCAGACUUCCCGCAAACCCACUUGGGUCUCCCUCUCUCAAAUGUGAAGCUCAACCUCUCGGCUUUUGCCCCGCUCAUUGCUAAGGUUGAUAAGCAGCUCUCAGGUUGGAAAGCCAUCCUCCUCAACCAUGCCAGGCGCCUGGUUCUCAUCAACUCCGUCCUCGAUGGUAUGCCUGCCCACUUGAUGUCUGCUCUGCUUCUUCCCGCUGGCACGGUCGACGCCCUUGACAAGCGCCGCAGAGCUUUCUUGUGA